AGCGCAGGGAUGCGAGGUGGGCAGGGGCGGGCUGAAAGUUGGAGAAAGCAGGAAGUGGAGCGAGAGCUGCCUGGGAGGAAGCAGCCAGGGUGAGCUGUGCUGCUGACGGGCCCCAGCGACUGGCAGACAUGGAGGAGGCCAGUGGAGGUCGAGGAGAUGACCGCAUGCGGAACCUGCAGAGUGAGGUGGAGGGAGUCAAGCAUAUCAUGACCCAGAAUGUGGAGCGAAUCCUGGCACGAGGGGAGAAUCUGGACCAGCUGCGUAAUAAGACAGAGGACCUGGAAGCCACUUCAGAACAUUUCAAGACGACAUCACAGAAGGUGGCGCGCAAGUUCUGGUGGAAGAACAUGAAGAUGAUCAUUAUCAUUUGCGUGAUUGUCUUCAUCCUGGUCCUCAUCAUUGUGCUCCUAGCCACCGGCGUCAUCCCCACUUAGGGAGCCCCUCCUCCACCAUGGGUGCCAAGAGGGACCCUUGCUCCUGCUCUCCUCCAUGGGAAUGCUGCUUGGGUCCCCUCGGGGCCCCUCUGCCGCAGUAUGACACCCUUCCCCCCCAGAGUACCUCGGUCCCCCAGAAGGAGAUACCUGGGCUGUGGCUGUAUUCCAUUGGUCCUGAGAGCAAGUUGGAGAGACUUAGAGGGCUCAGUUUGGAAGCUGAUGGUGGCUGGGAGUGGGGGCAAUAAAGACCUUCCCAUA